UUAAACCCCGAAGCAAGGAUGAGAGUUGGGUCUAAGCUGUUUUGGGGAAGUGAAAUUCUUACGAGUGUCGUUGUGGGAUCAUCUACAGCGUCAGAAAGAGAGUCGCAGGUGUAGAAGUAAAGCACCGUGGAUGAAUCGGGCUGAUCCGGAGGGCGAGACGGGCCGCGAGAUCUGGAUAUUAACUGUCCCUUUAUGUCUAAUGAGUCUUAAUUUUAAAGUUGAUCAAAAAUCAGAGAUUGGUGAUGGUGUACAUGUAGAACAGCAUGCAAUGGACCUAAUUUAUAUUUCUAUCUGUAGUCAUAUUUCUUCGCAUCAGGCUUCAUUAAGCAUUUUAAUUAUAAUAAUGAUUAAGAAAGAAAAAUGAUAGCAAAAAAAUAACAUUUGAUUUCGCACAACCCAUGGCAUGAUGCUAUUUGCUUUUGUAAAGCAGUUCUGGCAACGCUGACCAUUAGCUGACCUUCUAACACACAGUAUGUAGAUCACUUGGAACUUGUACAGAGAGUCCUGCAUUUUAUCACUAAUCGCCAUGUAUUGAUAUUAGGAAGACAUUGUUAGUUUGUAAGACUUGUUUUGUUCACUACAGCUGUAUUUCUGAACUGGAACUGAUAGUCUGGCCAGUUCAGUGUGGUCAGUGUUGAUCACAUGUAAGAUACCUGCCUUCAUAUUACAGUACAGUAUUACAUGGGUGUCUUCCGCCCUCUAGUGGAAUAAGAAGGAACUGUAGGCCAUAAAGUGAAAAACAUUUGUCUUGCAAUGGUUUUUAGACUUUUAAAGAAAAUGACUGAAUUAAUUUUAAAAAAUGCACAUUAAAAAAUUAUUGUUAUUUUCUGUUUAAUAUGUUUAUCUUUUAUAUGAUAGUGUAUAUUCUUGCAACAGCAACAUGGCACUCCCAUGCAUGCUUGCAGCAAAAACCGUGCAAAUGUUUCACAUCUACAGCAUCCUUUUAGGAUCUGGUGAUGUUUUAUACAGGUGAAGGUCCAUUCCCUGGAAUUAUAGAUCUGUAUACGUUAGGAGGCACCGUGUGUGAGCCGCGAGCAGCUCUACUGGCAAACAAAGGCUUUGUGGUGUUUGCUCUGGCUUUCUACGGCUACCAGGACAUGCCCAAAACGGUGGAUAAACUCGAUCUGGAGUACUUUGAGGAAGGUGUAACAUUUCUGCAGAUGCAGCCCAAGGUGAAAAAAACUGGAAUAGGAAUACUGUCAAUCUCAAAAAGUGGAGAUCUGGCUUUGUCAAUGGCCUCCUUCCUUCCCAACAUAUCAGCCACCGUCUGCAUCAACGCCUGCAACGCCAACGUCAUGUUCCCUCUCCAUUAUAAAGACGUGGUGAUCCCACCUCUUAUUCCCAACCAACAGAACAUAACUACAACACCAUCAGGCAUCGCCAACGUCCUAAACACCCUGCCAGAUGUGACAGCAGAGGAGAACCGUGCCACGGUCAUCCCUAUCGAGCGUGCCAGCUGCAGAUUCUUGUUCAUAGUGUCAGGAGAUGACAGGAACUGGAACAGCACCCUUUUUGCGGAGCAAGCUUGUGGCAGACUCAAAGCACACGGAAAAGCAAACUACGACAUGGUCAGUUAUCCGACAGCAGGGCACUUUAUGGAAGUCCCCUACAUGCCCCAUCACCCGUCUGGGCUCCACGCCGCCGUGGGUCAAGUGGUCACUUUUGGAGGAGAACCGAAAGCUCAUGCACACGCACAGGUUGAUGCUUGGAGGAGAGUUGAAGAGUUUUUUAAAAAAAACUUAAACAGUGUUGAUUAUUUAAAAUCCUCACUUUAAGCAGUGCACAUAGCUGAGAGAGGAAAUUCAGAUGCGAUUUGAUAGAGGACACAUUUUGUAUACGUCUACACUCUGAGUUGCUCCUUCUGCAGCUCGCUCGGUGUAGGUCAGAUCUUCUGAACGAGUAGUUAGCGUGUCUGUAAGGGCUAAACUCUAUUAGAAUAAGCAUUGUUAUUUCAAAAUGCAGCAGUCAGACCUUGAAUGAAAUCUCCUAGUAAAUAAAGUGCCGUCUUAGACAUACUAAUCAGGCUUGGUGUAUCAAUCUCUUAGUAAAGUUUUAUGUAAAUAAUUUUGUAUGCAAAACUGAGCAAAUCCUUGUUUAAUGCUGUUUGUCCCAAUGUGAUUUGAACCUCAUUAUGGACUAUGAUGAUGAUCUUUGGAUAAUAAACCUUGUUACACUAAGAAAAAUUAUAAUUUAACAACAUUUAACAUGCAUUUGCUAUUAGUAAUAUAUAUAUAUAUAUAUAUAUAUAUAUAUAUAUAU